UACCUGUCAAAAAAACCCCUCGAAAAAAUGUCUCGUUUUGUCAAUAACUUUUAUUUUUUUUUCAAAAACCCCAAUUAAUUAAAAAUCAUAUCGAGUAAGUGAAACAUUGCCCAUCAUGGGCAUGUUAAUCCCGUGUCUUUUGGCCGCCAUUUUGAACGGGUGCGCCAUGCAAUUGUUCAGGGAACCGAUAAAAAUCGGCGACGGGCCUCUAUUGGCCCUCUACAUGUUCAUAUUUUCCGCUUUCCUGCUCCUAUGGAGCGUCAGAAUUUAUCCGGGCAAUCUGAGGAAGAUUGGCAGAAUGCAAUGUUUGUUGGAGUUUUUCAUUGCCGAAUUCAUUAUGGAAGCAAUGAUAGUAGACUUUUGGUUUCCCUUGGAAAAGAACAUCCAUGACGCUCUACCGGUUCUGGCGCAAAACAUCGAAGAUUGGCUCUCAAGCGGCGACUUUUCAGCCGACGCGACAAUGGAUUUUCUCAAAGGUGAAACCCUACCGUUUCUGAUCAGCUACGCUUUGGCUGUGUUCUUCCUCUUGGCUAUUUUACAGGCCAGUAGAGUCGUCGAUUUCACACUUAUAAGGGAAGAAGGUUUCGGUUGCUUUUUAAAACACCUUAAAAGGAAGUUCAAGCUGGGCCUUAGAAGAAUCGGGCGUCAACUGGGGUUGAAUAAACAAACAAAUAUAAAUAAUGUAUUUUUAAUUCAAAAUAAAUCAAUUUCAACUUACCUAACCUCACUUUCCCAAAAACUAACAAUGAACGCUCUCAAAAAGGGCUUAAUCCACCUAAAACCGCCCUUAACGAGACCGAAAACUACCCAAUCCCCAGCCGAAUACUGCCUGGACUCGAUCAGAAAAUAUGAUUAUGAAAACUUCCUUUGCACGAUUUUAUUGAAAAACACCUCUAGAUCGGUAGCCUUGGCAGUCAGAGGGUUGAACGUGGAAAUAGCCAGGGUUGCCGAACAAACGUCGCAAGACAACAUUGGCCUGAUGCGGCUCAAAUUCUGGGAAGAAACCAUCAAUAAAUGCUAUAGCAAAGACUUAAAACUUAUACCCAAACAUCCGGUUGCUUUAGAGCUUUAUAGAGCGAUUUCAAACGCAAAUUUGACUAAACGGUAUUUAAACAACCUGGUUGUUGCUAGACAAAAUUAUAUAAACAAAACUAGUUUCCAAACGUUAGAGGAAAUGGAAAAAUAUCUUGAACAAACCAUGUCAAAUGUGUAUUAUUUGAUAUUAGAAGGAUGUAAUAUUAAAAAUGUCCAUGCAGAUCAUGCUGCUUCUCAUUUAGGUAAAGCUCAAGGCAUUAUACAACAAUUAAGGAGUAUUCCACAUAGUAGGCAACUUAAUUUUAUCCCAAUACCACAAGAAGUUCUUAUAAAACAUCAUUUGAGUCAGCAAGAUGUUUUGAGAGGUACUAAAUCAGAAAAAUUAUCAAAUUGUGUUUUUGAAGUGGCUUCCAGGGCUCAUCAGCAUUUGGUGAAAUCUAGGAGUUUAAUGGAAAAAGUGCCUAAGGAGGCUAGAAGGGUUUUGUUGCCAGCUAUACCGGUUUCAAUUUAUUUAGACCGAUUGCUGAGGGUGGAUCAUGAUAUUUUGGAUCAACAUUUACAGCGUAGAUCAUGGAAUUUGUUAGUUAGUUUGUAUUUUACACAGCUUGUAUCGCAAGCAUUACAUAAAGGUUUGCGGGGACGUAACAGUGGUGACGUCAUCUGCAGACCAGUUGCCAACUCGAGAACUAAUGAACGUAUGCCUUAUUAG